AUGGAUAAUGAUGAUGAACAAACAGAUUGUGAGAGUAGCGAAGAUAUGCUAGAAAGAGAGAUUAGAGUCAACCCCAAUGAACUUCAUCUAUUACUCUUCUCGGUAUACCUUGUAAAUUUGUCAUUCUUCUGGCUACAUGUGCUGAGUGGUUUAACCAUGUUUAUAUCAGGAUUAGGGGCUAAUUUUGAAUUUGAUUUAAAAAAAAUCAUUGCACUUUCAACUUUAAGUCAAUUGGGUUUAAUAAUAAGGAUUUUAGCUUUAGGGAGUUAUGAAUUAGCUUUUUUUCAUUUAUUAACACAUGCUUUAUUUAAAGCAUUAUUAUUUAUAUGUGCAGGUUCAAUUAUUCAUUCAAUAAAUAAUUGUCAAGAUAUUCGUUAUAUAGGAAAUUUGAUUAAUCAGAUGCCAUUAGUAUGUUCUUUUUUUAAUAUUUGUAAUUUUUCUUUGUGUGGAUUACCAUUUUUAUCUGGUUUUUAUUCUAAAGAUUUAAUUGUUGAGGUUAUAUCAAUGAAUUUAUUAAAUUUAAUAAUUUAUUUAUUUUUUUAUAUUUCUGUUGGAUUAACAGUAUGUUAUAGAUUUCGUUUAUCAUAUUAUAGAUUAACAGGAAGAUUUAAUUAUUUAAGAUUGCAUUGUUUAAUAGAAAAACAAAGUUAUAUGUUAAAAGGUAUAUUAGGAUUAAUUUUUAGAGUAAUUUUUAGUGGUAGAAUAUUAAUAUGAUUAAUUUUUCCUUCACCAUAUUUUAUUUGUUUACCAAUUAUUUUAAAAAUAAUAACUUUAAUUAUAAUUAUUUUAGGAAUCUAUAUUGGAUAUGAAUUAGCUAAAUUUAAAUUAAGUUUUAA